AAGGCAAUCUGCCCAAGAGCAUUCGGGAGCUCCGUCUUACAUACUCUAGUGCUCAAAGUGAAGAAGUUUUACGGCUGAUCAACAUGCAAGAGAACCUUGUAGAACUGACAGUCGAACAAUGGAGAUGUAAAUUUUUUGAAUUCUUGGAUAAGUUAUCCAACUUGAAGAAUAGUUUGGUCAAAUUGACCUUGGUGGAUUUUAUUAUAGAUGACACUAAGGAGGAUUUAGAAUAUUUAAGCGAUAUCAGAACACAUUUUCCCAAGCUAGAGCAAUUAAUUUUAAUGGACUGUUAUGAUAGUAAUACGUUUUUCGUGCUAUCUCGCGAGUUGCAAGACUCGUUUACGUUAAAGGAGAAAACUCGUGAUUUCAAGAAAUGGGUGACGAAAUCCAAUGUAUAA